AUGUCCAUAUCUGCCUGUGUCAAAUCUGUGCUGAAUCUGAAAGAUUACCGCAGAGAGAAGAAGAAGAAGAAGAAGAAGAAGAAGAAGAAGAAGAAGAAGAAGAAGAAGAAGAAGUGGAAUAGCAUGAACGGUGACGAGGUUGCAUUCGAUCACGCAGAAAAAGCAGAAAAGCAAAAUAGCAAAGAGGUCAAGAAGGAGAGAGUGCAGAUCUCCACCAAGAAGGGUGCUUCUCGCCGAUGUCAUGCUACAUCAUCGCGGCAACAUAAGGUAUUCAAUACAGUAUAA